AUGCCCUUAAAUGACAUGCGGAAUUGCGAUGCACAAUUAUUUACCCCAUUUUCAUAUUCGAAUAGAAACCACAAACUUUGUGUUCUCCCAAAUGGUAUAUUAACUUUACUAAUUUCUGAUCCAGAUGAUAAGAUGUCAUCGUGCUCUUUAUCGGUUGCAGCAGGCUCUUAUUCAGAUCCGAAAGGUAUUCCAGGUAUCGCACAUUUAUUUGAACAUAUGCUACUUGCAGCUGGUUCAAAUAAAUACCCUGUUCCCGGAUAUUAUCAUGACAUUAUUGCAAAAUAUAACGGCUUUCAAAAUGCUUUUACUACGGGCGAACAAACUACUUUUUAUUUUGAAAUACCAGUAUUAUCAGUAGAUGGCGAAAUGAUUUUUGAUAAAAUUCUAGAUAUAUUUGCAUCAUAUUUCGACGAUCCCAUUUUUAAUCCCCUAAUUAUUAACAAGGAGGUAUAUUCAAUCAAUAGUGAACAUGAAAAUAAUAUAUCAUCAAUAUCUAAAAUGUUGUACCACGCUACAAGAUUGUUAGCAAACAAUAACCAUCCGUUUAGUCAAUUCUCAACCGGAAAUAUGAAUUCCUUGAGUAAUGUGUCCAAUACUCACCUAAACGAUUUACAGUCUUUAUUGAUUAAAUAUUAUCGGGAGAAUAUUUCGAGUCAUAAAAUUUCAUUGUGUAUAAGGGGUCCACAAUCGGUAAACUCAUUAUCGAAGUUGGCUUACCUAAACUUUGGAAAAAUGCUUUGUAAGAAAGCAAGUUUAAGAAGAUCUCUGAGUGCAAUAAGAUAUCGGACUUACUCUAAACCAAAGGCGGAAAAAAACUUAGUUAAAAAGAAACUAGAUGUUGAAACUUUCCACAUCUUAGAAGAUGUAUGGAAUAGUAGAUUCAACAAUAUCACAGCAUUUGAUGAUGGUGUCUCAAAACGUAGCAAUAUAAUAUUUGUUAAAUCAAAUAAAUCAUUUACUGUACGGUUUUUAUUUCCUAUCAACCUUAAUAAUAAUAAACUACCUAACCAAGAUAUCAAAACAUUUUCUAGAGUAUGGUGUGAUUUGUUUGGUGAUGAGUCUAGAUCAUCAUGUUGUCAGUAUUUUAUAGAAAGAGAAUGGAUAACAGGUUGCUUUGCCUAUGUCUCUGAUUUUACAAUUCACGAUAUUGGGCUUGUAUUAGAACUAGACCUAAGCAAUAAUGGAUGGUGCCAUUUGGAUCAAAUAACUGAAGAAUUAUUUUCUAGUAUAAUACCACAAUUUACGAAAGGAAAUCUUCAUAAGCUAUCAAAAUAUCUUCGAGAUCAAAAUUACAUUGAUAUAAUUUCAUUUAUUAAUCAAAAAAAAAUAAAGUCACCAAUGGAAGAAACAUCUGAAAUAAGUAGUGUUUUACUAGAAAAUUUAAAGGAAUUAAAUAUUGCAAAUAUUUUUAAAGGUUCUUCUAUAUUAAGUGAAAAUAGUGGUCAUUCAAAUAUAGAAAUUCUAGAUGACAAAAGUCAGGAGAUGGACAAUUGGUGGUUGGGCCAAGCAAUUUUAUUUCAGAAAUUCCUUACAGGUUGCAUGACCAUUACGAAUGUACGUGUGAUUGUUCUUGGAAACAAUCUUCAAAAAUGUGGUUUAAAGAAUAGUUUCAUGAAAAAAUUCAAAUGUGAUGAAUUUUAUGAAUUCGAAUACCAAAUGAAAUAUAUUAAUUAUUCUAAGUUAUUUGGAAAAUUUGAAACAGAAAUUAAAAAAAAUAUCGAUUACCCAAGAGAGAAUGAAUUUAUUGUCGCAGAACACAGAAAUUUAACAGUUUUAAGACAAAUUUUGUUGGAAACUAGUUUAAGAUCAAAAUAUUCUUCAUUAACACCAAAUACAAUGGAAAAUCAAAUAUUACAAUUACCGAGGCUUGUUAGUUUUAAUUCCAUGUAUGAAUUAUGGGUAUUAGAGGAUGGGGCAUUGAACCAACCUCUAGGUAGAAAAACUAUUGUCACCUUUGAACUGGCAUCUACGACCAUUGAGCCUAGUCCCCGAAAUACAAUUCUUUUAGAAAUCUUAGCCCAACUAUUAUUCAAAAUUAUUUCACCAGGAUUAUAUCCAGCCGUUAAAAUUGGAUAUGUCUAUACGAUAGCAGCAUCAGAUAGAGGUGAAGUUACUAUAAAAUUUACAAUAUCCGGUUUUGGUUCAGGGAUUAUCCAGGUCAUGAACCAUAUUUCGAUGGGGAUCAAAAAAAUAUUGAAAAUGAAUAGCAACUCUAAACAGGAUAGGGAAAUGUUUAGGAAAGGCCGUAUUCUCACCAGAAAUAAGUACAAAAAUGCUUCAAUGGAAAAUUGUAUCAAAUCCAGUAGCAUUGGUCUUUUAAUUGUGUUGGAGAAACAUAUGUGGACAUUAGAAGAUCGUACUGAUGCUUUGGAAGGUGUCGAUAUGGAUGAAUUUCUAAACUUUUGUCAAAUGUUUUUAAAAGGUGAUACUAAUUUUUUAACGUUAUUUAUUCAAGGUGAUAUGAGUGAGGCAGAUUCAAUUAAUAGUUAUUUGGAUAAAAAUAUUACAGGCCAUUUUUCUAUUAAGAAUGGUUCCCCUGGCAGUCCACAUCGUGUCACAAAUAAACUGUUAAGAACUAUUGUAUUGAAACCUGGUACCAAUUAUGUUCUAGAACAUGAUGGUGUAUGUGACGAUCCAAGCAAUGGGAUUACAUUCUUUAUUCAAAUGGGAUCUCGAUAUGAUUUAAAAAUUAGAGCUCUAACCUUUUUCAGUGGAUAUUUAAUGUCAUUAACAUUAAUACCGGAACUAAGAAAUAAGAGACAAGUUGGAUACGUAGUAAUGGGUGGUGUACGAGAAUUGACAGAUACAAUCGGGAUACAUAUUACUAUAAUGUCAAGUUCUAAUACAAUGACAUUGGAAGAAAAUAUUGAAGAAUAUUUAGAAUAUUUUGAGGAAGACGUACUAGGUUCUAUCAAUGAUUCAUUUUUCUUUAAAGAAUAUAUUUUAAAAUAUAUUCAAAUUAUUAAACAUGAUCCAUCGAUGUUAGAGACUAAUGGUGCAUCAGGAGAAACUACAAGUGGUCCAAUGAAUUUAAUGAAUGAAAUUAUACCUAAUGUGAGAGUUGGUUCUAAUGAUAUCUUAAAUAGUUAUGAAAUGAAUAACCAUAAUAAAUGUAUGAAUAAAAUAAUUGAUGGUGAGGUCAUUUCAAUUAAAGAAUUGCAAGAAUCUCAACAAAAAAUCCUAGAGCAAAUAACUUUAACGGAAUAUAGGAAUUUUAUUUGGGAGAAAACUUCUGAAUAUUCUGCAAAGAGAAGUAAAAUUUCAAUCAUGAUUAACAGUGUACUGUCACAGGAUGCAAUUAGAGAACAAGCAUUAUUAUUACAAUUGGGCGCGUUUCUUAAGAUGAAAGGGUUAUUGAUUGAAAGUAAAGAAUUAAAAGAUAUUGUUGAGAAAACUCAUGGUAAUCCAUUUUUAUUAUUGAAGGGACUUCUGGCAUCGUUCCACAACAAGAAAGAAGGUUUGAGACUAUGCUCAGUCAUCAUGAAAGAAAUAUAUAAUUCAUUAGAGACUGUGAGUUAUCAGAAGCUUAUCAAGACACCCCUGGGGGCCAUCCAACGAGCCAGUAGCCGUUCUUUCCAUCAAUGUAUUGAAUACUCUGGGAAGAAUACCCACCAAGAACGGCAGCAAUGUAAUCAACCAAAUGAACCAUCAACAAUUCAGCGUAUCAGAGUUCCGCCAGUGCAAUUACCUGGACCUAAUGCUUUCCGAAAACAAACCUCAUCAAUCUAA